GGUUGCCCACAAUUUUGCUAAACCAUCAUUUGUCUUUCAAGCUUUUGAUUCCCCCGAGUCUAAAAUACUGUGUUUUUGCUGUUUUCUUGUUCCUUUCUCAGGCCGACAGUAGUUAGAAUCAUAGCUCUCAUCUGUUGAAACAGGGAAAAAUGGCAUCUCUUACGCCUGGAGUUUUAGUUAAACUUAUUCAGAGUAUAAAUUCCAAUGUAAAAGUUCGCGGCGAGUAUAGGUCCAUCCUAUUACAGGUAAUCAGCAUAGUGCCAGCCAUAAGUGGAUCAGAGUUGUGGCCAGAUCAUGGAUUUUUCAUAAAAGUAUCCGAUUCUUCUCAUUCGACCUAUGCAUCACUUUCGAAGGAAGACAAUGAGCUUAUCUUAAAUAACAAGUUACAACUUGGGCAAUUCUUCUACGUUGAUAAGAUGGAGGCUGGAACUCCGGUACCUAUAUUAGUCGGUGUUAGGCCUAUUCCAGGGCGACAUCCUUUUAUGGGCAAUCCUAAGGAUUUAAUGCAAAUGUUAGAGGCAUCAGAUAGCCCUGUUCAAGUUGAUCAGGAAGUUGUUACCAAUUCAAAAUCGAGUGAGUCGGCUGAAGCAAAAGAGGAAAGUGUAAAGAAGAAACUUGUAAUUAAAGAGGAGAAGGCAGGUGUUGCCUCUAGGUAUAUGCAGGGUGUGUUAACUCCAAACACUAAAGUGAGAGAAGCAGAUCAAAACAAUGGUGCAAGAAGAAAUGAGAAUGAGAAU